CCAGAUUCCCUGCAGACCUACUUUACACAUGAAUUUCUACUACUACCCCUAAUCCCAUUUCACCAUCACGCAACCUCACCAAGGUCAAUCCAGUAAUUUCCUCUUCACCGGCGCGAUCACCACAAAACUCCGUUAAUGGAUAUUCAAACUCCCGCUCAUUCGCAUGGCGGAUUUUCAAACUUUCAAAAUCCCUCCAGUUGAAUUUACCCUUUUUUUUUUCACAAGCCCUCGUCCCCGCCAUCGUCAACAAACCCCUUCUUAACGGUCUCCAGAAGCACGCAGAGACACGCUGUGGUGCGUGUUAUUUGUUACUGUGUAAAGUUAAUUGUCUGCGUCAGAUUUACAUUUGUAUCUGCACAGACGGUGGAGAAUCGCCCCGGAGGUUAAAAAUGGCUUUGCCGUCGACAUAUGCAGCGUCUACGGAUUCUGGAUCUAGAGAAAUACCUUAUUGCCGCAAGCAAAAAUCGCUCGGGCUCUUAUGCUCCAAUUUCUUGAGCUUGUAUAAUCGCGAUGGAGUUGAGACAGUUGGGCUCGAUGAUGCAGCCUCGAAAUUGGGGGUGGAAAGGAGGCGGAUCUAUGACAUUGUGAAUGUUCUGGAAAGUGUUGGCAUUCUCUCGAGGAAGGCGAAAAAUCGAUAUACUUGGAAAGGGUUUGGGGCGAUCCCUAAGACAUUGGAAACCCUAAAGAAUGAGGGCUUAAGGGAUAAUGGCCCCGCAGGCGAUGCAAGUUGCUCUGAGAAAGUUUCAGAUGACGAUGAAGAUGAUAUGUCGGAUAUGAACAGUUUAAGUCAAAAGUCAGAUUCUAGUUCUGUUCCCAGAUAUGCCGUGGCACCUAAAGCUGGUGACAAUAGGAAGGAAAAAUCUCUUGGGCUUCUUACACAAAACUUUGUCAAGCUUUUCCUGUGUACUGAUAUGGAAAUGAUCUCUCUAGAUGAUGCUGCAAAGCUCUUGCUUGGUGAUGGAAAACAUACAUCAAUGACUACUAGAACAAAAGUUAGAAGGUUGUAUGAUAUUGCCAAUGUGUUAUCCUCCAUGAAAUUUAUUGAGAAGACUCAUCACCCAGAGACGAGAAAACCAGCAUUUCGAUGGUUAGGCCUGAAUGGAAAACCGGACAAUGGAAUUACUGAUUCUAUGGUUUUUACUGAGUCUAAGAAGAGAGUCUUUGGGACUGAUCUCACUAAUGUUACUGCAAAGAGGUUCAAAUUGGAUGGAGGUGCUCAACAUGUCCUGAAGCCACACAAUCCAAUGCAAAUUAAGCAUGAGAUUGAAAGUGAGGAUGAAAGAACAAGAUUAUCUGGAAGGAAUUACCAUUAUGGCCCUUUUGCACCUGCCAUUGUGCCCAAGGUUGGAAGUUCUCAUGAUGAAAAGGAAAAACAGGUUGUUGAUUGGGAGAAUUUGGCUUCUUCUUAUCGCCCUCAGUACCACAACCAAGCUUUGAAGGAUCUUUUCUCACAUUAUGUUGAAGCUUGGAAAUCGUGGUACUCUGAAGUUGCAGAGAAGAGCCCGUUACAACUGAUGUCCUAGACGUGUUUUUUAUUUCCGUUUAUAUUUGAGUGUUAGAAGUUUUACUAAGGGGCAGAUAGCUUGAUUAUGAAUGCAUUUUUCUCAAUGCAUCAAGUUAAGAAUCUAUCAUUUGUAACUUGUUCCUUUUGUUUUUCCUAGUACAAACUUGAGCUUACAUAUGAUUUGACUGGGAUCCACAUUGGCAUCCCUGAUUUGUCUUCAAUUUCGGAAAACAGUGUAAAUUUAAAAGCAGAUUUAUCAGAUGUCUUUCAUAUGCUGCAGUACCUUUGAUUUCAUUUUUGAAUUCUGCUGUCUUUGAUACAUGAUAUAUGUUCGUUUUAAACUAAGAGAAACUCCAAACAUAUCUGAAGUCCUUCGAAUUCCAUAAUUU